AUGUCGGCAUUGGGUUUGCAUAGAUGUAGGAUCUUGUCGGCGCGUCUUUUAUCCACCUCUCGAUGUACUUUUAAUUCCUCAGCUGUUCUUGGAAAUUACAAAAUUGUUUCAAAGACACCCGAGGAUGAUUCCAUGGUCGAAGGCGUUGAUACGCUUGCACGCAAGCUUUUGCUGACUGAGAUCAUAAAGGGCUUCGGUAUCACUCUUGGGUACAUGCUGAAGGAGCCGGCAACUAUCAACUACCCCUUUGAAAAAGGUCCCCUUAGUCCCCGAUUUCGUGGAGAACACGCACUUCGUCGUUACGGUAGUGGUGAGGAACGUUGCAUUGCAUGCAAGUUAUGUGAGGCUAUUUGCCCCGCCCAGGCUAUAACUAUUGAAGCUGAACCUAGAGAAGACGGCAGCCGACGUACGACUCGUUAUGACAUAGAUAUGACUAAGUGCAUAUACUGUGGUUUCUGCCAAGAAGCUUGUCCUGUUGAUGCCAUUGUUGAGGGUCCCAAUUUCGAGUUUUCGACGGAAACCCACGAGGAGCUUUUAUACAAUAAGGAGAAACUUUUGGAAAACGGAGACCGGUGGGAAGUGGAAAUAGCUGCAAAUAUCAAUGCAGACUAUCUCUAUCGCUAA